AUGCUCCCCAACAUUAGCAAUGCCCAUCUUCUACAUCUCCCACCACAAAUUCCAGGCGCUGUUGUUAGCUGUACAGGCAAAAAGGUUUUGACAGAUCUUUUAUUGACAAAAGUUUUAUUUAUGAUUGCUUACCCAAGCAUUUUUGUUGUCGGAACUGUUGGGAAUUUGCUGGUUGUUUGGGUUGUUGUUAAUUGUAAGAAGAUGCAGACUGUCACAAACGUAUUCAUUGCAAACUUGGCAGUUUCUGAUCUUUUGGUUUGCUUCAGCUCAAUAUGGCUAACCCCUUCAUAUACCUACAUUGGACACUGGAUUUGGGGUGGUUGGCUUUGUUAUUCUUUGCCUUUGUUUCAAGGGGCAUCAAUCUUUAUCUCUUCACUUUCGUUGACAGCUAUUGCAUUAGAUAGAUAUUGGGUUAUCUGUUUGGCACCACCAAAUAGGAGUGCUACACAAAUGCAUACUUCCAAACAAGUUUGUAUAGCUGUAAUUGUUCUCAUUUGGUGUGUGUCCAUUCUCCUCGCUUUGCCUUAUGCUGUUCAUAUGAGAAUUGCUCAAGUUCAAUGGCCUUGCCAUUUCUCCCUUUGUGUUGAAGAUUGGGUUGAUUUGGAGGAUUUGAGGAGUGUUUAUGGGUUUGUCCUUCCAUUUGCAAUCAUUGGAAGAAGUUAUCGUCUUAUUUGGAGGUUUAUUGAAUCCAGACGUGCCCAACUUUUAAGGCCUAUAAGUGAGGCACAAAUGAAUAGAAAACAGAGAUUGCUUAGAAUGCUUGUUAGAAUGGUUCUGGUUUUUGGAUGUUGCUGGCUUCCUUUUAAUAUCCUCAACUUGUUAAGGGAUCUUAGAAUGGAUGCCUGGCUGAAGGUGGAAAUUAAUUAA